UGGCAGCAGCGCGAGGUCCUCAUUCAUGGUCGCAGGGUGCUGCAGCCGCGGCUCAUCGUGUAUCAGGCUGCGGAUCCCAGACUUAGUUACACUUACAGCAGGGUCAAGCUGAACCCAGAACCCUGGGAUGCUGUUGUUCUGGCGGUCAAGGAACGUGUGGAAGCUUGUCUCGGGACCUCCUUCAACAGCUGCCUCCUGAAUUAUUACCGAGAUGGGAAGGACAAGAUGUCAUGGCACAGCGACAAUGAGCCUCUAUAUGGCUCUGAGCCUACGAUAGCAUCGGUUUCAUUUGGAGCUGCGCGCGAUUUCAUCCUACGGAGCAAUGAGGACCAUGCUUGCAAAAGAACCUACUCUUUGGGCCAGGGAACACUGCUGGUGAUGGGAGGUAGCACGCAAGAUCACUGGAUGCAUGCUGUGCCGCCGAGAGCCCGUGUGGAGGAGCCGCGCAUAAAUCUCACCUUCAGACAGAUUAUCCGGCAACCUUGA